CGCGUUUGCGACACUUCUGGCUGCUGUACGGCUUGAGCCGUGUUCCGGGGCAACGUGGAGUUGUUUAGUAUUUGAGACAGCCUUGCUUGCGUUAAACGGCUGAUGUAAUUCCUCAAACUACCAUUAACUUUCUGGAAAUUGAGCGUUUUGCUUUAAGAAGAAAAUGGGGAAACCAAAGAAAAAGAGUAAGAGUUUGACAUGAGUUUGAAAUACUAGAAAUUUUGAUAGAAACUGCUCAGCUGAUGUAGCAUGUUGCUAAUGCUAACCACUUCGUAACCUGUAAUAUGGUGAUAGUAAUAACAGUGUAAAUACACGAUUUCAUCUUUAAAAACAUGGAAUAUAAUCACGAUGCUGAAUUUGAUUUUACUUGAUUUCAAUCCGGUUGAUUAAAUGAGGAUUUAGUAAACCAGGUCCUGGUACUGAACCAUUUCAUGAAGACUUCUACAGACAUUUUAUAACACAUUAUAAGUAUUGUUUGGCCUUUAAUAUGUGUAAAGAUAUGAAAGGGAAUUUUUUAAAGAUCUGACAAGUCUAGGUGUUGUGGUUUUGGUUUAGGUGUAAUGUGGUGCAGAGGUGGAAAAAAACAGUGAAAUGUCCCUUUAUUGUAUUUUAACGAGUAGAGUUUGGAGAUUAAAGAGUUUGGCUGUGUAUUGAACAGUCUUUAGAUGGCUUGAGAUGAUGUUGUCCACAUAUGUUAAGUAGAAGUGUAGUGGUUUUGGAUUAGGACCUGGUGUAAUGUGGUCCAGAGGUGGAAAAUAAAGCAGUGAAAUGUCCCUUUAUUGUAUUUUAAAAAGUAGAAUAAAGGCUUAAGUAGUUUAGAUCUGUAUUGAACAAUGGGAUGGUGUUGUCUUGAUAUUACAGAUCUAGGUGUAGUGGUUUUGGAUCAUCAGGAUGGUCCCUCUUUAACAGCUGUGAACCAGAAUCCAACUUUUGCAAAUUCAUGUUUCUUGUGCAAAACUUUCUGAAUUCUUUAUUUCAAAAGUUACUUAAAAAAACGGGAAUAAACAUGUAUUUUUAAAAAGAAAUUGCUUCUUUCCAGGUGAUCUGAGCCGGGCUGAGCUCAUGAUGAUGACCAUCGCUGAUGUUAUCAAGCAGCUGGUUGAUGCCCAUGAAGAAGGCAAAGACAUCAAUCUCAACAAGUAAGACAGUUCUGUCGUAGAGGGUCUCUCCUCCUACAGAGUACUAGUCUGGACGUCUUCAUUACUCAUGAUCCUUUUUGUCUUUAAAGAGUGAAAACCAAGACUUCAGCUAAAUACGGACUUGAAGCCCAGCCACGAUUGGUGGACAUCAUUGCUGCUGUUCCUCCAAAGUAUCGUCGGGCUUUGGUGCCAAAGCUGAAGGCCAAACCCAUCCGCACUGCCAGCGGGGUAUGUAAUCCUUAAGGUUACCAUUUCCUACUGUGUCUCUGAGGAUUAAGAAAGUGUUGAAAUACUGAAUGCAUCUGUUUUGACCUCAGAUUGCAGUUGUGGCUGUGAUGUGCAAACCCCAUCGAUGUCCACACAUCAGCUUUACAGGCAACAUCUGUGUGUAAGUGCAGUUUAGAUGAUAUUUCUAUAAGUACUGUUUAUGGAUAUUAUUACUAAACUGUAUGAUGGAGUUACUUAUUUCAUUCAAGUAUUUUUAGAGUAUAAAUACAUGACGGACAGUAAACGAAAAUGUCGUAUUUGUUGCUGUUAUGAUGAUGUUUUACAGUUUCUAUAACCCUCUCAUAAACUUCCAUUAUGGCAGUUAUUGUCCUGGAGGCCCAGACUCAGACUUUGAGUACUCCACACAGUCCUACACUGGCUAUGAGGUUAGUUUUUUUUUGUUCAGUUCGAUGUUUCUCAAACAGUUUGCAGGGUUCCUACACAAGUAUGGAAAGUAAAGAAAAGUAUGGAAGUAAUUUGAUCAAUUUCCAGGUCUUAAAAAGUAUGGUAAACGAAAAAUAAAGUAUGGAAAAACAUUUGGGUUUCCAGACUAUUACCACAGUAAAAAAAUAUACUGUUUUCUAAAAUAGGAAAGUAGGUUUAUACAAAGAUAAUACUUAAAAGUAGGGUAUGGAAAAGUAUGGAAAUUCCAACUGUGUAGGAACCCUGAGUUUGUGUAAUUUCAUUUUGAUUUUGUUUAACGCCUGUUUGGUUGUUGAUUCCCUUUUUUUCCUAUCAUGGUCAUAAUCAGUCUUUGUCCCCUCCACCGUCUGAUAGCCAACAUCCAUGAGAGCGAUCCGAGCUCGCUAUGACCCCUACCUUCAGACCAGACACCGCGUGGAGCAGGUCAGUGCGCACAUCAAAAGAAAACUAAUUACAUUUCUGUGUUUGAUGCGUCUGCUCUGCCUCUGCGCUUCUUUUAUAUGAUGUUUCUGCUGCAAAAUAUCCCCACAGAGUGUCCUCUGUGUAAAGAUUAAUUGUUGAAUAAAAGUGAAGAUCAUAGCGAAGGAAACAUAGUUGAUAUACAGAAGUGACCCCACCUAACGCAGUGUAAUCAUGUCUGGUCUGAACUUGAUUGUUUCCACGACAAACGUCUUGUGAUUUCUGUGCAGCUGAAGCAGCUGGGUCACAGCGUGGACAAGGUGGAGUUCAUCGUGAUGGGCGGGACCUUCAUGGCUCUCGCUGAGGAGUACAGAGAUUACUUCAUCAGGAACCUACAUGACGCUCUGUCAGGACACACGUCCAACAACGUGGCAGAGGCCGUCAGGUAAACCUCAACCACGCUUCGUCCUCAUUUACAGACGUGUCACAGACACCGUGCUGAACAAUACAACCUCCAAAUCUUAAAAGAAUCAUAAAUGUUGAGAUCUUUAAUGAUAGUGUCCACUAGAGGGAGCUCUUCUACCAUUUUGAACUAUUUCACUGUUGCUGUUAAUUAUUUGCUCUAUAUCCCAAUUAUUGACACCAACAGAAGUCAUGGUCUCCAUCCAUGCUGUAACCUUCACCAAUAAGAAAAAUAAAAUAUAGAUUAUUGUGAGCUGAUCUUAAUACCUGCAGAAACAUCAAAGUACAGGUUUAAAAAUCAUGUAAUUAAAAAUUUUUAGUGUAUUAUUUUUUCUUAAGCUGUCAUGAGCUCUCCCCUGAGUUAUCAAUAACAUACUGUGCAAAAACUGCAUAUUUUGCAUUUGCAUUCAUUGAACCCACCCUUAGUACUUCUCCCCAUCUUGUAGUAUCUCCACAAAUAUAUAACUGUUUACGAGGAAACCCUCUGCUGCUUAAUUCUGACUCUUCCUCGCCGGCUGAGCUGAGUUGUGCCAUCUCUGAACAUCCUCAUAAAACGAAAGUGGAGCGUGUGUUUAGAAGAUGACGUGAAGAAGAUUCAGAGUCCGUGUGGAAAUACCCAGAGACCCAAGUGCCGCCUGUUCCCGAAAGCUGAGGCAGUUUGUUUGUCACUACGGCCUAUUUAAUUUCCUAAAGUCUGAUAAGACCAGAGAGGCAGUUUGUCUAAAAGUGUGUGUCUCUUCCACUUUGUGUGUUAGUGUGCGAGUUUGCUUGAACUUGCCGCGCCGUUAUCAGCUCUCUUGGUUAAGAUGCUUUGAUUGGGUUACGGCCGUGGCUCGGUUUGCAAAGCAGGAUGCUCUUGGUUUGGGUAGAGAGAGACAGUCCUUAUCUCUACCUGUGUGUGUGUGUGUCUGUGUCUGUGUCAUGCUUGUUUUGGAAAGAGUGUGCACGUCUGACGCUUGUGUCUCUGUCUCUCAUGCUCAACCUCCCUCUGAUCCGAUCACUCUGAUGAGAUCGCUGCAGAUAAUCGCCCGAGAUAAUGGACUUUUUAUUGAUUCAUCUCAUUCAAUCUGAUCAUCGUUUGGAGCAUAAACUUCUAUAAUUGGUGUAAAUCAGCCGGCAGACUGUAAAAGAUGGACAUUUAUUGCCAGCAGAUAAAGAAUCAUAUUAGCUGGCACAUGUGGGGGGUUGGGAGGGGAGCAAAUGGUCAUGGAGGCAGCUGGGAGCGUGCGUGUGCAGCUUUUUCGGUUUCGGUUUGGAGGGAGCGGUGACGUCAGAAUCAGGCGUGAUGUCGAGGAAUUUCAGGGUCAGGAUUUAGAGGGUUUUACUGAAACUGGUUCAUGUUGCGGUUGUGACAUUGUUGAAGGACAGGAGGUGGGAAAGACAUUUUAAAAGCUAAGGGGACGACUUUAAGGCAGCUCCUGAAUCCAUGAAAUGUGACGAUUUUUCCUUCUUUUCCAAUAAAUAUGUAUUUCAGUUUAAAUUAUAAUUAUUUAGGUUUUUAACGAUGGGGUAAACACUCAUUAAUGUCUCAUUUAACAGCUCUCACAUGUCACUCUCUUCACCACCAUCACUUUCUCUAAUGCUUUAGUUGUAUCCUAAUAUAGGGUCGGUGUUAACUGUCUGGAUAAUGAUCCAUGCAGACUCACAGCAUGUGAAUUGAUGUUGCUCAAUGAGCCCAGUACAUACAGUAAUUGAGCGUUAAAAAACAAAACAAAACUCUGACUGUGUCAAAGUGGGAAUAUUAAAAGAAGGUGUUUUAUUAUUAAAUGAAAAAAUAUCUGGUGUUGUUCUCCUGCAGGUACUCUGAGCGCAGUAACACCAAAUGUGUCGGUAUAACCAUCGAGACGCGGCCUGACUACUGCCUGAAGAGACACCUCAGCGACAUGCUGGGCUACGGCUGCACCCGACUGGAGAUCGGAGUUCAGAGUGUGUAUGAAGAUGUGGCCCGAGACACCAACAGGUUAGUAGGUAAAAGGUGGAUUAAUCUGUGGGUGUACAUUUAGAAUGCAGCUCAUCUGAAGAUGUGUGAUUUAUGUGUGUGUAUGUUUGCUCCAGAGGUCACACAGUACGAGCCGUGUGUGAGUCUUUCCACCUUUCGAAGGACGCCGGAUUCAAAGUCGUCGCUCACAUGAUGCCGGAUCUGCCUAACGUUGGCAUGGAGAGGGAUGUGGAGCAAUUUAUAGUAAGCACUAAGAAUUUAUUUUAAUUAUUUAACAUCCUUUAAACUAUUGUACCUUCAGAUUUACAGAAGAGAAUGACUGACUAGCUUACAAUCAAUGCACAGUUAUGAUUUUUAUAAGACUGCCUCAAUGAGUGAGUGACGUUUUUUAAAUUUCAGGGGACGUCUUUCCCCUUUUUAAAAUAGUGAUUCAGUCUUUGUAAAUACAGACAAGACAAGUAAGACAGGUGUGACUAGAGUAAAGGUUCAGCAAUAAUCCAAUGAAUAUUAAUUUAACUCUCUCUACUGUAAAAGAACCCACCUGUCAUCCAAAUUAAAAGUAUUGCAAAUCUAAAAUCACAAAAAUCUAAAAUCAGGGAGGAAAAGACUUAACAAACAAUACUUAAAGAGAAAUUUGAAAAAAAAAAAAAUUCAUUCAGAUAUCGAUUUAACAAAAAUAUCAUCUGCAAAAUAAAUUGAAAAAAAAAAAAAUUUCUUUAGAUACUAAAUGUAAGUCAUUAAUAUACAUAAGGAAUAAAAGAGGACCAAGUAUGGAGCCCUGUCGCACACCACAUUGAAUUUGGCUGUUAUUCAAGUUUGCUGCAAAAAAAAAAGUAAUUUUUAAACCGAUUAAGCCUGUUUGCAGUGACACAGUAAGAUUGAAGCGUAGUUAUCAAUAUAUUAGUCUUAAGUCUUAAAGGUCUAAAAUCGAAUAAUUUGAAUUUAAGGCCUGAAAUUUUCUUAAAAUGUCUUAAAUACAAAUUUGAAAGGUCUUAAAAAUUUCAGAUAAAGAUUGAUUUAAAGUUAGUUUAAAACGUUCAGAUUUCCCUUUAUGUCUGUUGUACUUUUUUCACCAGUAUGGAUGUAAAAUGGAUCCUAAAUUACAAUCAUUAUGGUCUUAAAUAGUCUUAAAUUUGACUUGUUGAAACCCUAAUUAUGGCCGACUGUGUCAAAGGCAUACUGCUGUUAUUUUAUCAGACAGUCAAAACAAAGCCAUGGUGGUACCUCAUGGAUGUGAGUCAGCAUUAAACGGUGAAUAAGGCGAUGGUUGAAAUGGAACUCCAUCUUUUAGAUAAACUCUAAUUUUACUUUUUGCAAUAGUUUGUUCAAUUUAGUUCAAGGACAGAGAAAAAAAUCACAUUUUAGACAAAACAGGUGGAAAUGUUUCACUUGAAAUAACAGCAGUGAAGUUUUGCAGCGAGUGGAUCAUCGGGUUUAUUGUUUGUGACAUUAGUAAUCAUGUCGCCUUCUCCACCUCGACACCAGUGAGCGUCAUCACUACUUACCUCACAGUGGUGGAGUAACAAGAGAGUCCUACAUGCAGCAUCUUAAAAUAGAAAGAGAAAGGCUUCCACAGUUCACUCACGGUCCCGACUGGGAUGUGACUCAGUAGAAAAUCUCGUCUCAACAGCGGGUUCAGAUUACAGCUCUGAUUGGAAACAGCUUCGAUAUGAGAGCGAAGAAUCUUCCUCCCAACGCGCCGGAGGACGUAAACGAAGACUCAGUUUGAGGCUGAGCGUAAUUUCAGCUUUUUUAGUGGCUUUUACAUUGAUUAAUCCAAAAUCAAGUGAUUAUAAACACAAUGGAGAAAAGGAGGAGAUGAUAGUAAUUGGUGUGGUGUAGACUCUGAGACACCGCUGUGAUUCGCUCAUUAUCUCAAAUCCUCCAAAAGUUACAGCUCCUCUACUUCUGUGUUUGGUUCUGGUUUGAGUUUCUGGCAGCGGAGAGUCAGAGUUUGGCACCAAACACUGAUAAAAACAGGUUUGAUGGUUUGCAGAUCAUUUAAUUUGGCUGAAAAUAAAGCAGAGACAACAUAUCAGAUGGUGAAACUUCAAAUUUGAUUCCAGAAACACAUUGGGAAAAAAAACUGAGACGGGGGCAUGUUUACCUUCAUGUUGCAUCAGCCCAUCUGUUGACAACUCUUCGGGAAGUGAAGAGGAGUGAAAUUGUGUCCCAGUCUUUCCAGUUGCGGGAUGAAAAUUAUAAUCUGUGACGCAAAAUUCUCGAGCGUUUCACAACGAGAUAUCACACAAUUUAACUCACAGUUUACCCGCGUAAAAAGAAGUAACAGCGGGGCUUUUCCAAUUAAAACACACCUUCAGCUGCACCUCUGACCCCCUCUCUCUCUCUCUACCCUAAUUAAAGGGAUAUUCCGGCAUAAAAUUAAUUUAGGGUCAAACACACCGUAACACAGAGUUGGACACCCCCUCGUGAGAUGAAUGUUGCCGACCGCUUGCUUCUCUAGUUAUACCAACUUUAGUAACCACCGCACGAUAGCAAUACACAGGAGUCUGAGGAGCCACAAACAAACCUCACGCUCUGGCAUCUGGAAAAAAUGUAACUCUUGCAAUCAGCCGCGGAGUGGCGAUCCACAGCGGAACAGGAAUAAGCCAGUGGAAAUAGACACAUUAACUUGAAUGGUUAUGAUCAGCUACGAUCAGAGGAUACGGCCUUUUCGUAGCCAAUGCAGUGGAAAUUGGGGGUUAGCGUCUCGGUAUAAUAAAUGUUCUUCCUUGAGCUGCGAAACUCCGCUGCACUCGGUUAUCAACUCGUCAGGGCUCCCCCACAAACAAGCGGCUGCUGGAGGAGGCAACAUUCAUCUCUUGAGGGGGGGGCCAACUCAGUGUUACGGUGUGUUUGACCCUAACUUAAUUUUUACGCCGGAAUAUCCUUUUAAGAGGUGAAAGUUUCUAAUCUGUACAAACUUCACCAGUAUCACAAAGAAUAAGGAACACCGUGUACCAAUCCUUUUUCAGGCUCUAUUGUCGUAUUUUGAUGGUCGCUUGGUUACAGCGUUUGUGCAGAUUAUCAUAGUAGUCUGUGUCUCAGGUGGACCAGGUCACAGGGAGUAAAUGGGGUUAAUACAGCUUCAUCGACAUUUAAGUUAAGGUGCAUAAUGAGUGUAAUGUUGAAACCCUUUAUACUUCAGCAGCGCUCAGUCCAUCUUUAAUCUAAGUACGCAGUGUCCAUCACGUUACAUUAAAGGCACUAUGAGGAGUUUUUAAUGGGUUCAGAAACAGACCGGAAACGGUGACGACGUCCAUGUCACUACUGAGCGUUAACAGCUCUGAGUGUUUUAUUUCCUCACAUAAAGAUUUAAAAUGUGAAGAAGGGAGUCAGUGUCCUUCUGCAGAUGUGCUGUAUAACCUUUUUGUGUGUUGUAGAAACAGCUUUAAUAUGUCAGCAUGGUCACACGCUAUACCACACGCUCGCACACUGAGAGGACAUUUAGCUGUCACUUUCUUUGUUUACCGCUCAGACUGCUGCCUUUUUCCUUUCCUCCCUCAGUCUGGAUGUUUCCUCACUUGUCUCCUUGUUUGUCUCAUUCCCUCCUCUCUUUAUCUCUCACUCAAUCUUUUUUUUUUUACUGCCUCGGCCCCGGUUUUCUCCACGCCUGUCACUUCAUCUAUCUCCUCUCUUUCAUCUGCCUCUCUUUUCUUAUCGCACCAACACUUUUGUUUGGAUUCUGUAACUCGUGCGCAGCUCCAACAUUUCCAACCGUUUAUGUCACUCUUCAGCUUUCUAAACAUCUCAGAUCCAGAUGAUUUAAAGCCACAUAUGGAAGGAAGAAAAGACGUCAGAGCGGGGGGAUCAUACUUCUAAAAUGUACAUUAUCGUGUUUUUUUCGCUGUGCGGUGAUAUUUUUAGCUGAAAUUUAGCAGCCGAACCUAAAUGUAUUAUUAUUUAAGGUGUCCUGUGACCCUCGAAGGGAUUAUUAAGGGGAUAAAAUAGAUUAAAUGGACGGCUUGAAGGGAAAUUGCAGCUGUGUUUGAUGUCCAAUUUGUGGACAAUGAGAAACAGAUGAUGCAAACAGCUGAAGGAGUGUUUACAGCCUCCGUGAAAAUGAGGAGUAAUAAUUCCAUCAGAGCUUUUCUUCAGUAUUGACCGACACUCUUGAUUUUCUUUCUUUUCAUUAAUCCUGUUGCUGUUUGUAUGUAACGUCCCGGUCAGCUGGUUCCUGGAGAAUCUUGCAUCCUUCUUGCACCUAUCAUGACCGCCCUGAUAAUGAAAUUCGAUUACAACUUCCUCCCACCGCAGGAUCCUUUCUCACUUAUCUCCCGUGUUCAGAUGCUCCCUGGCCUGAGGGAGGCAGCCUUAACAGCGUUCCUCCUCACCGGUGACUAACACCAGCUCUGAUUUCUUGAACGAUGUUCGGUGUAAAGAAACUCUUAAAUCUUCCCGUAUCAAAGUGUUUUCACUUCCAUUUAAGUUUACUUCAGAGCGAUAUGGGACGUGUCCUCGUGUGAUUAUGGACUGUGACGAGAGAGAAGGAGAUUAUGAGAUACUCCUGAUGUGGCCUAAUUUGGAGACAGUUCCUCGGUUCUGGAUCUCCACGGUUUUAAUCGGCGUUGAGAGAAGGAAGUUUGGAGAGUGAAAGAACUGGAGAACAAAAAAACUUCCAUUUGCUAUCGUACUCCUUUAGUUUAGUCUUUCCAGUUAGUGUGACAUGGAUCCGUGUGUUUCUUACAGGAGUUUUUCGAGAACCCAGCCUUCAGACCCGAUGGUUUGAAGCUGUACCCCACUCUCGUGAUCCGAGGCACGGGUCUGUACGAGCUGUGGAAGACUGGCCGUUACAAGAGCUACACACCCAGCGCCCUUGUGGACCUUGUUGCGCGGAUUCUGGCUCUGGUGCCGCCUUGGACUCGAGUCUACAGGGUUCAGAGGUAAGACGAUUGAGCCUCUGACAUGUCUGUGCUUCUUAAAUAUCCAUUUUUCAGCUGUUCAUUUAUCCUAAAACUGUCUUUCCCCAUCUUGCCGCCCUUUAGAGACAUCCCCAUGCCGUUAGUCAGCUCUGGAGUGGAGCACGGCAACCUGAGAGAGUUGGCUCUGGCCAGGAUGAAGGACAUGGGCACUGAGGUGAGACUCAAAGGUCUCUUCCACUAAACCGAAAGGGCCGGCAUCAGCUAAUUUUUGUGCAAGGAAGCUAAAACACAUUUCCAGCUGGGAGCGAUCCAAACAGUUCCCACUGAAGUCCACAAACAAAUGCUGACUGUCAGCACGGCAGCAUUCAGGAUCACUCGGCCAAGUCCUGGUUCAGACUCAGAUGUUAGUCAGUCUCUUGGAAAGUUCUGGAUAAACUGGUUCGGCUCUUAUGAUUGUGUCUGUUUACAGUGUCGAGAUGUGCGAACCCGUGAAGUGGGCAUCCAGGAGAUUCAUCACAAAGUCCGACCGUACCAGGUAAUCCAGGUUGAUUGGCUUCAAACGAGUUAGAGGCUCUUGGGUAAAGUGUGAGUGAGUCCAUCUUUGCAGCCUCUCCCCUCACUCUCGAUCGUUCCUCUGUGCAGGUGGAGCUGGUGCGUAGAGACUAUGUAGCGAACGGCGGCUGGGAGACUUUCCUGUCCUACGAAGAUCCAGAGCAGGACAUCCUGAUCGGCCUGCUGCGUUUGCGCCGCUGCUCGCCGCAGUCCUUCCGUCCGGAGCUGAAAGGAGACGUGUCCAUCGUUCGAGAGUUGCACGUUUACGGCAGCGUCGUUCCCGUCAGCAGCCGAGAUCCCAGCAAGUUCCAACAUCAGGUACAGAAGUUUGACUCUCACACCCAGACUCACGAAUUUAUUAUUCGGACUAUUCGACUUUAAACGUGUUUGUUUCUUCCUCUCCUCUUUUAGGGUUUUGGUAUGAUGCUGAUGGAGGAGGCGGCGAGGAUCGCAAGAGAGGAACACGGCUCGAGUAAACUGGCUGUAAUCUCAGGUGAGGAAAAGAUAAUCUCCUGGAUCAAGUUCAGGUUUUUCCGAGCCCAUCCCAGCAGAUUCACAGACUGAUUUUUUUCCUCAGAAGCAGAAAUUUCCUCAGGUGUCUGUUAUCUUCUACUGAGCGCCUUGUUUUCUCGUGUGUGUUUACAGGUGUAGGAACGAGGAACUACUACAGGAAGAUGGGCUACGAGCUGGAGGGGCCGUAUAUGGUGAAGAACCUGUACGACCCUCAAAUGGACUGAACACGGACAAUGUAUUUGUACAAAAACACGCACAAAAAAGUAUUAUUUAUCAUCAUCAUAUUCUCAGGAUAACCGUGACAGGAUAGAGGUCGGUGUAUCUAAACCACGUCAGCCGACAUCCUCCAGAUGAGACCGUUUCUACUCACAUGUGCCACAUACUUCUCUGUGAACAUCCAAUUCAAAUCUCUACAUGUUAAUUUUGGAGGUCUGGGAUAAAAAACCGGUGCAGCAUCAGUCUGAGUUAAUCGUGUUUUUUUUAAAAAGCAUUCAUAUCAGGUUGGCAGAGGAUGAAUGAACUGUGGGAAGUGUCCUAGCUGGGCGGCUGCUGUUGUGUAAUUGCACAAUUUGAAUUUAUAGGGCAGGAAAUUGAAUAUUAGCGUUACAUAAAUUGGUUUUAAAGCCUCGCAGUUAAUCCUGUUUCUUGUUUUUCUGUCAUGCAUCUUUGGUUUUCUGCUUAAACACAUCGUUUGAGCGCUUUUCGCACGGAAAGAAUAAAGUAUAUUUCGUUUACUACUUCCAUCCUGCUUUGUAGGACCAGAUCUUGGUGUUGCAGAAAUCUUUGAAUGAUUAAACCUCGAUGAUGAAGAAGCCACAAAGGUUUCAGCCUUCACAGAAAUGCCACGCUCAGGGGAGACUACUUUAAUGUAUUCCCAGGUGUCAAGGGUGCCAGCCCUCACGGGGGACCCCUGAUGAUUGCCCUGCGAGAGUGUUUUACUGGCUCAUUUGACACGGCCUUUCCAAUUACGUCUCUAUCAGUUACCUGUCUAUUGAGCAUUGACUGAGUGCGGCGUUCACCCGCACUAUUACUGGAAAGGGUUUGUCAUUUGAAAAAUAGUUGGCAAUAAAGCCCAAGAGGCUUAUACCCCGACCUAUGUCUCAUAUAGAUUCCAACUCCACGGGGCGAUUGAAGCUGAACGGCCAUGCGUAAUUUCCUGGAUGCAGCCCCCUGUGUCGUGACUCUGCUGUGUGUUGGUGUUGCAGUCCCCCUGACGCAGUGAGGAAUAGGCCAUAUUCAGGCUUUCUCUCCACGCUCGCUCACUCACGCUAUCAGAUGUGAAAUCUAAAAGGACUUUCCCUCGCUCGCAUUCGCUGAGUCUGUGCCGGGCUGAUUCAUGCUGUAGAGGCGGCAGAGUUUUUGGUCUAAUCUUCACUGCAACAUGAGAAGAAGUGGAGCAAGUUCAGUCGGCUUUCCCGGAUAGGCUUGUCAAAAACCCACUAAAGGGAAAGGACAGAGGAGGGCACGGUGUUGAUGCUCGUAUUUAGUACGGUUCUCCCUCAAAGGAAUCCAUGAUCCACAAGUUGAGGAGCAGGAUUCGAUAAAAGAUGUUAUUAUAGAUAAAUAAAAUCCAAGAUAUCCCAAGAAGUCUUCACUUUUUUUGCAGCUAACAUCUGAAUCGAUUCUUGACUUUGAAACCAGUUUUAAUUCAUGGCAAACUUGAUGAUGAAGGUCCUGAUUACACAGCUCCCCCUUUAAAAGAAAAGUAUUCAAUCAUGUAAAUAAAGAGUGUACAAAUGUUGCAGGAAAAAAGGUUUUAUUUUGAGUAACAACAGAUGAUCAUGUUUAAAGUUCAUUUUUAUCUUGUAUUGGAAGAAUUAAAGAUAUAAACUGAAGGUGGGGUCUCUUGCAAGGUCUCCACAAGUCUGUUGGGGUUCGGUGCAGGCUGGAGGGUCCACAUAAGGUCUGAUUCAAUCAUUAUCAGCCGGACUCUUAAAUGCAUGUUGUAGCUUUCAGCAGCAGAAACUCGGAUCAUCCAGAUUUUUGGGGAAAUCAAUUCAGGAAUUCACUUUCACGUCUGCAGGGAGUUUCAGCUGGUUGUGAGGAGACUGAAAUAAACAAUGUCUUUGUGUCCUGGAA